GCGCCCAGGCUCGGCUACAAAAGACGACGGCUGCGGCGCGCCGGGCGGAACUUUCCAGAACGCUCGGUGGGUAGGGGCGGAGUGGCCGCUGCCUUCGCUGCGCACGGUCCGCGCUCCUUCCCCGCUCCCCCCAGGCCGGCCUCAGCCCGCUCACCGGCUGUAGAAAAUGGUGAAAGAAACCACUUACUACGAUGUUUUGGGGGUCAAACCCAAUGCCACCCAGGAAGAAUUGAAAAAGGCUUACAGGAAACUGGCCUUGAAGUACCACCCUGAUAAGAAUCCAAAUGAAGGAGAAAAGUUCAAACAGAUUUCUCAAGCUUACGAAGUUCUUUCUGAUGCGAAGAAAAGGGAAUUGUAUGACAAAGGAGGAGAGCAGGCAAUUAAGGAGGGUGGAGCAGGAGGUGGAUUCGGCUCCCCCAUGGACAUCUUCGAUAUGUUUUUUGGAGGAGGAGGAAGGAUGCAGAGAGAACGGAGAGGUAAAAAUGUUGUACAUCAACUGUCAGUAACCUUAGAAGACUUAUAUAAUGGUGCAACAAGAAAACUGGCUCUGCAGAAGAAUGUGAUUUGCGACAAAUGUGAAGGCCGAGGAGGUAAGAAGGGAGCAGUGGAAUGCUGUCCCAACUGCCGAGGGACUGGAAUGCAAAUAAGAAUUCAUCAGAUAGGACCUGGAAUGGUUCAACAAAUUCAGUCUGUAUGCAUGGAGUGCCAGGGCCAUGGGGAACGCAUCAGUCCUAAAGACAGAUGUAAAAGCUGCAAUGGAAGGAAAAUAGUUCGAGAGAAGAAAAUUCUAGAAGUUCAUAUUGACAAAGGCAUGAAGGAUGGCCAAAAGAUAACAUUCCAUGGUGAAGGAGACCAAGAACCAGGAUUGGAGCCAGGAGAUAUCAUCAUUGUGUUAGAUCAGAAGGACCAUGCUGUUUUCACUCGACGAGGAGAAGACCUUUUUAUGUGUAUGGACAUACAACUGGUGGAAGCAUUAUGUGGUUUCCAAAAGCCAAUUUCCACUCUUGACAACCGAACCAUAGUCAUCACCUCUCACCCAGGUCAGAUUGUCAAGCAUGGAGAUAUCAAGUGUGUGCUAAAUGAAGGCAUGCCAAUUUACCGUAGACCUUAUGAAAAAGGUCGCCUAAUCAUUGAAUUUAAGGUGAACUUUCCCGAGAAUGGCUUUCUCUCUCCUGAUAAACUCUCUUUGCUGGAAAAACUUCUCCCUGAGAGGAAGGAGGUAGAAGAGACGGAUGAAAUGGAUCAGGUAGAACUCGUGGACUUUGAUCCAAACCAGGAGAGACGGCGCCAUUACAAUGGAGAAGCGUAUGAGGAUGAUGAGCAUCACCCCAGAGGGGGUGUCCAGUGUCAAACCUCGUAAUGGGCCAGUGGCUGGCAUCAUAUAUGCAGUAGUGAAUGAAUGAGUGGAGGACUAUAACCAUAAAAUGCUCACUACUUGCUAUUGUUUUUGUUUUAAUAUCCAACUAUAGUAGUGUUUUAAAAGUUAAGAAUAAACAAAAAUAUAAAAGUUCUGACUUUGCUCUAUAUGUAUGAUGACGUCAGUGUGCAAGGUGAAGUUUAAUACCUGUAAAAGCUUAAUUUAAAAAGUUCCCAUAGCGUUUGUUAGCCAUACAUUGUAACUGAUUUCAUCUGUCUACAUGGACAAGCUUAGACUGAAAUGUAGGUGUAUGUGUUGGCUUCCAUGCCUGACCCUUCCCUGUGAAGCUUAUGGAAUUAAAACUAUUUAACUGGCAAUCAGAAAAAGUAAUUUGUAGACAAGUGUUGGUCUGUCUAGUUUGUGUUAAGUAGGAUUCAUUGUGAUGCCUCAGAUUUAUUCUCUUGCCUCAACUGUUACUUGAAGAUGGCAUAUUAUACAAUCUAGUCUGUGAAAACUGAUAGAAACCACUCUAAGAAGGGGUUUAUAAUAUGCUGCAUCUUGAGGACUUGUACUUCUAGAAUUGCAUUCCCUUCUUUGCCAUCUCUUGAAAUAACAUACAAAUAUAUCUAUAAUUUAUAUACAUAUAAAACAUUGUGCUGACCAGGCCCCUCUUUGGACCAUGAUAAGCCCCUUAGCAUUGACUUCUAGAGUUGGAUCAUUUAGAAAUUAAAGAAACCUUUAUGUGAAAAUAAUCUGCAUGUGUAAUAUAGGAAGGUAUUUCUUAGGUAUGUUACAGGCUUACUUUAAACCAUUUAUGCUCCAAAGUAAUUGUCAUUUAAUGUUGGUAGUAUAGCAAAUAAUGAGUAGCUUUAAAUUGUAUGUUGAAGUCAUGUUCAUAUGCUUAAAAUCUGGAUAUCAGAAUUUAAGCAAUUCUUGAAAUGUAUGACUGUCUCCUUAAUAUACUGAUUAAUAUACUGAUACAAAGCA